AUGUCGUGGUGGUGUUUCCUCAUCGUCUUCUUGUCUCUGUUUCAAACUUGUUUCCUUUCUUCUCCUUCUCCCCAAUUAUGUCUUCACGAUGAGAGGUAUGCUUUGCUUCAGUUUAAGCAAAAGCACUAUGCUGUCAAUUCGUAUGCCAAUUACUACCAUCCUCUCAAGUCCUGGAAUAAGCCCAAUACUGAUUGCUGCUACUGGGAAGGCAUCACUUGCGAUGGCACCGCUGGUCAUGUAAUUGGCCUUGACCUCACUGAUUCAUCACUCAAUGGUUCUAUCCACUCCAAUAGUAACCUCUUUCAUCUUCGUCACCUUCGAAUGCUUAACCUGUCGUGGAAUCAAUUCGACUACUUUGCUCCAUCCGGGUUUGACAGACUCUCCAGGUUAAUGCAUCUCAACCUCUCUGGUAACCAUUUUUCAGGACAAAUUCCAUCACAAAUAGCACAACUCAUAGAUUUGGUUUCUCUUGAUCUUUCUUCGAAUGGUUUUGGGGGCCAAAUCCCAUCUGAAAUCUCACAGUUGACCAAGUUGGUUUUCCUUGAUUUCUCUGGCCACAGGAUUUCCCAAUUUUAUAUCUAUCCAAGUUUUUCUCAACUUGAAAUCCCUAAUUUGAGAGCAUUUGUUCAAAACCUAUCCAGGUUGAGAGAAUUGCGUCUUGAUGGGGUGGACUUGUCAGCUCAAAAAAAUAGGGAUUGGUGUCAUCACUUGUCAUCCGCACUCCCUAACCUUCAUGUGUUGUCAAUGAGUAAUUGUUCACUUACAGGCCCCUUGGAUGCAUCCAUCUCAAGCCUUCAUUUCCUGUCAGAGCUCUACCUUGCCUUAAACCAAAAUCUCUCUUCCACAGUACCAACUUCUUUAGUGAACCUCACUUCUUUGACUGUCCUUAGUCUCCAGUAUUGUGGAUUCCACGGGGAUUUUCCAACCAAUGUUUUCCUUCAACCUAAUUUGAAAUACAUAGACUUAUCUGAGAAUCCACUCCUUUCAGCUCAGUUGCCUGAAUUCCCUCAAGUCAACAAUACCCUUCAACAUCUGGGUGUUGGCUCAACAAAAUUCCAAGGGAAGCUGCCAAAUUCAAUUGGGAAUCUCAAGUUUUUGAAGGAACUAAAUCUCUGGAAUUGUGACUUGUCUGGAUUGAUCCCACCUUCUCUUGCAAACCUUACUUAUCUUACAAAAUUGGAUCUUUCAAAUAACAGUUUUAGAGGUCAAAUUUCUUCCAUUUCCCAAGCGAGAUUUCCCAAUCUUAAGGAAUUAGUGUUGGGUCAAAAUUUGCUCCAGGGGCACAUCCAUUCUCAGUUGUUUUCUCUUCCAUCAUUGUAUUGGCUGGAUUUGUCCGGUAACCAAUUCAGUGGGGUCAUAAAUGAGCCCAUUCACAACAUUUCUUCUUUUUCUAGUCUACGUGAGUUUGGUUACUUCAACUUAAGUGGUAAUUACUUGGAAGGACAAGAGCUAAUGAGAUCAAUUUCCAAAAUCAAUGCAAUAAUUUCGUGCCUUGACCUGUCCUUCAAUGACUUUGGCUAUAUGGUGGAAGAUACAAACCUUUCCUAUGAUGGUUUGCCAGUCAAUGGAAGCGGUGACAACUUUGUCAACGCUCAAAUUCUGGAAUUGGUGAUGAGUGCUUGCAAUCUUAGUAAAUUUCCAGAUUUCCUUAGGAACCAAAAGGAAUUGAGAUGGCUAGAUCUUUCUCACAAUAAAAUUAGCAAAUUCCCAGAUUUCCUUAGAGACCUCAAGUUAUUGAAUUCUAUAGUUAUCUCUAGUAAUAGAAUUGAUGGUGCAAUACCCAAAUGGAUAUGGCAAAAUAAUUUGUACUAUUUAAACCUUUCUGACAAUUUUUUGAUAGGUUUGGAAUUGCCAUUACCUACUAAUUACUCAUUCACCAUUGGUUUUCUUGAUCUUCAGUCAAACAUGAUACAAGAGUGUCUCUCAACAGCUCCAUGCUCUCUCCAAACAUUCAAUCAAUCUAACAGUAGUGAGUUUGUAUCUCCUAUCUUAGGAAAUCUCUCUUCCCUUCUCUCUGAAACCUAUUUCUUUUCAAUUUCAGAUAAUAAUUUGUCUGGAAAAAUCCCUUUCUCAAUCUGCAAUGCAAGUAACCUGUCUAUUUUGGAUUUGUCCAAAAAUCAGUUGAGCGGAACCAUCCCAACAUGCCUUGGCCAUAGUAAUUUGGGGGUACUAAACUUAGAAAGCAACAAAUUGCAUGGUCAUAUUCCCCCUAUGUUUAGAAGUGGGUGCAGUCUGCAUACACUUAAACUCAAUGGAAACAUGCUUCAAGGACAAGUUCCAAGAUCAUUGGCUAAUUGCAGGGCAUUGGAGGUGUUAGAUAUUGGGGUCAACCAAUUGAAUGGUACAUUCCCAUAUUGGUUGGAAAAUCUCUUUGAAUUGAGGGUUCUUGUCAUGAGAUCUAACAACUUCAGUGGUCCCAUUUUACAACUCUCCCAUGUUGAUUCUCCCUUCCCAAGCCUACAUGUUUUUGACAUCUCUUUCAAUGCUUUUAUGGGAAACUUACCAUUGCAAUAUAUUCUUCAUUGGAAGGGGAUGACGAAUGAUGAGGCUAAUUCUGAAUUGCAUUAUAUCAGUUACAAUGCUGGGGGCUUAUAUUAUCGAGACACAAUUACUAUUGUGGACAAGGGAAUAUCCUUGGAGAUGGGUAGCAUCUUAACUGCUUUCACCACUCUAGAUUUAUCCUACAACAAAUUUAGUGGAGGGAUUCCAGAUGCAAUGGGAAGCUUAAAAUCACUCAUACUGCUCAACUUAUCAGGAAAUAGCCUCACAGGUCAAAUUCCAUCUUCGUUGAAAAAUCUGACCAAACUUGAGUCAUUAGAUCUUUCAAGAAACAAUCUCUCUGGACAAAUCCCUAGCCAAUUGACAAGUUUGACGUCUCUUGCAAUCUUAAAUCUAUCUUAUAACAACCUCACAGGGAACAUACCACAAGGCAAUCAAUUUGGUACAUUUUUGAAUGCUUCCUAUGAAGGUAAUUUAGGAUUAUGUGGUUUCCCGUUGUCAAAGAAAUGUGGGAUUACAGAUGGCGCAUCACCUCCAAUUUUGACAUUGCAACAAGAAGAAGAUUCAACAUGUGUACUUGAUCGAAAAUUUGUCAUAGCUGGCUAUUGCUCUGGUUUAACGAUUGGAGUGGUUAUAGGUCAACAAUUGUUUUGGAGAAACAACCAAUUCAUUGCAUUUUGUUUGAGAAUCAGAGGAUCCAAGAAGAGAAAAGGAUUAAAGAGGAAACACCACCGCAGAAGGAAAUGA